CAAAAUGGGAGGUAACUUUUAAUUUACAGUCGUAUAUUACAACAAUCUGUUGCAGUUGUUUGGAAGCUAACUGAAAAAAAUACAAUGCUUCAAAGCGUCCCAACCUUUUCCGUAUUUGUUUAAUUGUGACGUGAUGGUAAUCUUUUUUUUUUUUUUUUGCGCCCCGUCAAAAGUGAAACUAAAUGAUUUAUCGUAUAUAAGUCUGCUGUAAGAUUGUUAGUUUGCGAUCUUUCUCAGUGGAUGGAGGGCUUGAAAUCAGAAAUUUCAAUCCAUGAUUUUGCAGAAAAGAUUUUGGAGCAGUUAGUUCAUUUCCAUGUAAUGAAGAUGACGGACUGCUUCUUUUUGUGGGUUGGAGCAACCCCCCACUUUUCUAAUUUAGCGGUGGCAAUGUGCAAUAAAUAUGACUCCAUGCCAGUGUCUACCCUUGUUCUUGGAGAUAAGUCAGACACCGUAUCAAGUUGUCUUGCACAGAGACUAGCCACGAAGACAAAAAAACAAGUUUUUGUCAGCUACAGUCUUCCGACAUCCGACUGCAGUUUAACACUUCUAGUUGAACAGAGAAUCAAGAAGGAAAUGGAAAAUUUCCCUGACAAAUUCUAACAGUGUUGUUUUUACAUUAUGAGAAACCAGAUUUUUUUUUUUACCAAAGUAAAACAAAUGUUAAUGUUUUUGCCUGCUUCUUGUACUUCUGUGAUGGUGUGUUCCACAUUCACACAUUUGUUUUGUAAAUUUCCUGGGGUUCUAUGACAAAACUGAAUAUCACUAUUAAAAUGAGGUAUUAACACAAAGUGUUACACAUUCGUA